AUUCCAGGCUCAGCUGCCCUUCCUGGGGCAGCCCACACCUGAGAGUCUCCUGCAGUUGGUCAGGCCUGAGGAGGGCAGGGGGGUGCCUGCUGUCCCUCUGCUGACCACAGUGGCAUUUAGCCUGGGCACCGUGCCCAGCAUGGUCCAUGCUGCACAGGUGCCGUGGGCUCCACAGAGCCCUGCCUGACAUGCAUGUGUUACGUUUCAGGUGCCGAUGCCCUUGGGCGGCACUUCUCCGGGCAGAACCCCCAGGCCACCGCUCCGGUUCCGCAGCAUCUGGGGCUCUCGGCAGGCUGUGGUCCUCCGGCCAGCCUGGGGGCAUCUCAGUCCCUCAGCCCCACAGGGGCCUGCCCCGCAGGCUGGGCCUCGAGCCCCGUCUCCGCACGCUGUGCCGAAUCUGGCUGCCCAUCAGCUCCCUGCGUACCCAGACUGUGCCCUGCCAUGCCCGUGGCUCUUCCCAGGAGUGCCCUGUGGCCUCCCCCUGGCUUGCUGGGCUGAUUCCCUCCUGUGUCUCAAACAGAGCUCACCUUUGCCAUCACUGCUGUCCUCACCGGCCGGUGCCAGAGGCCCGUGUCUGUGUACCCUGUGUCUGCACCUCUGGGCAGGGCCUGGCUCUGACCAACCCGGGCUUCCAGUGUCCACAGACCUAAGGCCCAGGGCUCCUGGGGGCUGGAGCAAGAGAAGCAAAAGGAGCCAAGGGUGGGGGUUUGGGGUUCUUGUGAGGGCCCAGCCCGAGGACCCCAGGACCAGGACACCCAGGAGCCCCGGGGCCCAGCCCCAGUUCAGCCUGGCAGGGGCCUUCUGAGGGAGCUAAAGGGUCCCACAGCCCAGGACCCCCACCAGGGCCAGUGACCAGUGUUGGGGGACUCAGCCUCCCCGUCUCCCGUCCUCUCUUGUUUCUCCCACCUUUUGCCCCCUUUCUCCUUGCCUGUUCCCACCCGAGGCCCCCUCUUGGCCUGCGUGAGCCGGGGCGGCACUGAACUGGGGGCCGAUCUGCCUGGGCGGCGGUGAGAGGCAGGGCCGGGAGCCGGGCCGCUGGGUUUGGGCCUGGCCCGCUCGCUGCAAUAUUGAUGGCCCGUCAGUGCGGCCCUGAUUCCCGUGCUUUCAGUUAAAAGGUUUCUGUUGUUGUAGCUUAUGCAGUUGCUCUGUUGCUAUGGAAACGUGACAUCAAAAUGACGUUUCCCGUUUAAAAGCUUUUAACUAAAUUCCUGCCUGUCAGAUGUAGGCCCCAUUUUGAGCGUGGAGCUGCCUUCGAGCGAGCGUGAGCGGCGCCUCCCGCCCAUGGUGCGUGGGGCCGGGCCGGGGCCCUCGCUGAGCGCGCUCUCUCACCCCACAGGCGCCUCCGGCAUGGCGGCGGCCGAGGGGCCCGGCUACCUCGUGUCUCCCCAGGCGGAGAAGCACCGGCGGGCCCGCAACUGGACGGACGCCGAGAUGCGCGGCCUCAUGCUGGUCUGGGAGGAGUUCUUCGACGAGCUCAAGCAGACCAAGCGCAACGCCAAGGUGUACGAGAAGAUGGCCAGCAAGCUCUUCGAGAUGACCGGCGAGCGCAGGCUGGGCGAGGAGAUCAAGAUCAAGAUCACCAACAUGACCUUCCAGUACAGGAAAUUAAAAUGCAUGACAGAUAGCGAGUCCGCCCCGCCCGACUGGCCCUAUUACCUAGCCAUUGAUGGGAUUCUGGCCAAGGUCCCCGAGUCCUGUGAUGGCAAACUGCCGGACAGCCAGCCGCCGGGGCCCUCCACGUCCCAGACCGAGGCGUCCCUGUCGCCGCCUGCUAAGUCCACCCCUCUGUACUUCCCGUAUAACCAGUGCUCCUACGAAGGCCGCUUCGAGGAUGAUCGCUCCGACAGCUCCUCCAGCUUACUGUCCCUUAAGUUCAGGUCGGAGGAGCGGCCGGUGAAGAAGCGCAAAGUGCAGAGCUGCCACCUGCAGAAGAAGCAGCUGCGGCUGCUGGAGGCCAUGGUGGAGGAGCAGCGCCGGCUGAGCCGCGCCGUGGAGGAGACCUGCCGCGAGGUGCGCCGCGUGCUGGACCAGCAGCACAUCCUGCAGGUGCAGAGCCUGCAGCUGCAGGAGCGCAUGAUGAGUCUGCUGGAGAGGAUCAUCACCAAGUCCAGCGUCUAGGCCAGCAGGCGGCGGCGGUGGCGGCGGGGCCGGGCGGCUGGUGGUGCUGCUUGGGCCACCCAGGGCAGGCCACUCAGGCCAGGCGGGCAAGGGGGCCACCCCGCGAGCAGAGACCGCCUUCCACCUGGCCUCUGGCAGAAUGUCCCUUCUGAGGGGUGUUUUGAGGAACCCCCAGGCCCUGGGGACCGUGAGGCUCCAGUCUCCAGCAUGAAUGCCCUUCCUCGGACACAGGCCAGGGCCUCCGGGGUUCACUCCGAGUAAGAACGUCCUAGAGCCACUCUCCAGUGUCAUUACUAUCAAUGAUACUAGACGUGGCUUUGAUAUUAAACGUAUACUUUUUCAUUCUUGCCUGGAACGCACAGUUUGCUGUUGCUGGCUUGGUGAGGAUGCCCUGAUUGAUGGAUCCCGAAAAUGAAAGCAGAUGGAAACGGGUUGGGGCAGGCCGGAGCUGGGGCAGCUCUCUCCUGAAGGGAACCCUGUGUCCUCCCUCACCAGGACCUCUGCGUCUCUCCUUAAAUGGCCUCUGACGCCUGAUGAAAACCCCAGGGACCUUCCAGGAGGCUUUUAUUCAGCUCUGUUUGGAGCAUCAGGUGUUUCCACUGCCUCCUUAGCAAUGACACUAAUAAAAGUCGUAACACCUGUUCA